AUACAUGAAAGAGAAUCAAAAAGGGAAACUUUUAGAAAGAAAGUAAAGUCGAGGGGCGAAAAUGAAAACGGAGAUAGAGUAACAUUCACUUCACUCUCAGCAAAAAGGGCGUUACCAUUCUCGUUUCAUCACAGAGAGGUUUCUCAAACCUCUUUCAACAGUCCAAGGUUGCACGGUUUUAACUGUUUAGGUUUUUACCUUCCAAAAGAAAAAUAAAAACUGUGCAGCUUUGGUUGGUUUUUACCUUACAUUGCAUGAAAGUUGGAUUUAAAGAUAAUUCUAGAUGGAUUCGCUUUGGAGACUUGUGUAUUUGCUAGAGCCUGCGCCGGUUACGCUUAUCACGACCGCAGUAGCUGUGACAUUUGGAUCUGCUUUUCGAGCUCUAAAUUAUGGGAAAGAAAUGGAGCGGAAUCGGGAUAUGUCAGAAGCAUCUAUUACGUUGGAUAGGUCUCAAGCAUUGAUGAUCCCGGUUAUGAGUUCUUGUAGCUUGCUUCUGAUGUUCUAUUUGUUCUCGUCAGUUUCGCAGCUUCUCACGGUGUUCACUUCCGUUGCUGCUGUGGCGUCCCUUUUCUUCUGCCUUUCUCCUUAUGCUGCGUGUUUGAAGACACAGUUUGGUUUGGCUGAUCCGUUUGUUUCGCGAUGUUGUUCAAAAUCUUUUACACGGAUUCAAGGAUUGUUAUUGUUUACGUGCAUUUUUACAGUGGUUGCUUGGCUUGUUUCUGGUCAUUGGUUACUGAACAAUUUGUUAGGGAUAUCUAUAUGCGUUGCAUUUGUAAGCCAUGUCCGUCUUCCAAACAUCAAGAUUUGUGCAAUGCUUCUCGUUUGUCUGUUUGUGUACGACAUUUUCUGGGUUUUCUACUCUGAAAGAUUUUUUGGGGCGAAUGUUAUGGUAUCAGUGGCAACGCAGCAAGCAUCAAAUCCUAUGCACACAGUUGCUAAUAGUUUAAGUCUUCCUGGGUUGCAAUUAAUAACAAAGAAAUUGGAGUUACCUGUAAAGAUUGUCUUUCCAAGAAACUUGCUGGGCGGUGUUGUUCCAGGGAACAGUGCAUCAGAGUUCAUGAUGCUUGGCUUAGGAGACAUGGCUAUCCCAGGUAUGCUCCUGGCUUUGGUCCUCUGCUUUGAUUAUCGCAAGAGCAGGGAUACAAUAAAUCUCAGUGAGUUGCACUCUUCCAAAGGGCACAAAUACAUAUGGUAUGCGCUGCCUGGAUAUGCCAUUGGUCUGGUUACUGCUUUGGCAGCUGGUGUCUUGACUCACUCACCUCAACCUGCACUCCUCUAUCUGGUGCCUUCUACUUUGGGACCUGUAGUUGUGAUCUCUUGGGUGAAAAAUGAGUUACUCGAGUUAUGGGAAGGAAACACUCAAAAUCUUAAUGAUAAGGACCGCGAAAUAGAAGUUUAGUAUGUUAACCGAUAGUUUAUAUCCAAAAAGAAAGUUGUAAAUUCACUGAGAAUCUUUACUGAUGAGACUCACCAAGAAAGUUGACAUUAAAAUGUUCUAGUUAUGUCUUGAUGUUUUUAUUCAUACACCAUAAAAUAAAAGGAAAGAAGUUACACAAA